GCACAACCAAACCCCAACACCUGCCAACUAAUUUUCUUUUCUUUUCUUUUCCUCCCUCUCGCUCCUCCCCUCCACCGCGUCCAUCCAGCCUGCGGCGAGGUGACGACGAAAGGCGUAGAUACUUGGCGCUUAGAGGAAACUCGCAAACUAUAGCGCUUAACGCCGGCAAAAAAGCAAAGAAGGGGAAAAAAUGUUCGCCGUUUGUGAUAGAACCGCAAUCAAAUCGGAUUAAUAUAAACGUAUAGUACAAGUACUACCGGUAUACGAGCGAAAAGUACGAGUAGUUUUCCGAACAAGGAGUUAGCCGAGAGAGAAAAAAAAAAAAAAAAGGUAAUGUCCUCCCCACCCAUCACCCUCAGAAAAUCGGCGGAGGCAUCAUCAGCAGCAGCAUUAGGAUGAAAAAUGAAAAUAUGACUCGAAACCCUGAAGCCUGACCGAAAGCCCGCUAUGGGAGGAAAGUAUGAAGGGGGUGAUGCAGUACGCAGCGGUCCAGCUUGGGAAGGGAAAACACAAGCGCAAUUACAAAGAAAUGCCAAUUUGCUGACUCGAGCGCAGCAGGUGUGCUUCUGUAUGUACCGCAGUUUGGACCUACGGUAGUUGCCCCGGAUGGCCACUGUACCAAACUUGCUUUGACUUACCACGGGUCCAGUUUCGCGGUGCUGAACCUGCUGCACCACCCGUUUUUCUCUCUCCAUCUCCGAGUUACCGCACAGUUGUGUACGAGCAAAAGAGCCGUGGCCAGGCGGUGGGGGAGGAUAAAAGAAAAUGGGGAAGGAAGAAAAAACCCCAUGACAGGGGUUCGGUUGGGUGGGGCGCUGUUGGGUUGGAUUGGAUUGGGCUUCUUGGAGCCCGUUUUUGGGAAACUGGUGUGGGAUUGGUAAGGGGCUGAUCAAUUAUCCUUGUCUAUAGCAUUCCCACUCCCUUCGACUAAUGGCGGGUACAGUUUUACGAAGUUGCGGUGGGCACGAAGUGAAGGAGCAAGACAAUAGACGAGAAAUAAUGUGAGAAAAAUAAUGUGAGGCAGGAAUGGUUCUCCCCCCCCCUCUUUCUCUUUCCUGCCCCUGCCCUCGCUCGCCUUACACCCUCCGUUCGUCUCUUGUUAUUAGACGAGUGAGAUUUGCUGUAUGGUAUCAGUUACUAUACCUAUCGAGAUAUGCAUCGAGGGUCGAGGGUGGUACAGGGCGAUGCCUUGAUCGUGAUUUGUAUUCUGGAUCUCCAAUGGCAGUCUGGGUGGGGUGGGUAAAUUUGGUUGAAGUCUUCAACCCCUUCUUUCAGCUAGGGUGGAGGGGAGCACGGUACAAAGCUUGUAUUGGCAAUUUGACAUAUCAUACCGGUACUGCAGAUUGAAGGCGGGAAAACUUUAAAUUCCUCGAAUAUGCCUUGGUACGGAAUAAAAACGAAUUCAAAACU